GGCGCGUCCACGUGGCUGGCGGGCGGCCACCCGGAGCCAGCGACGGCGGAGGGAUAGGCCCAUACCCGGCACAGCUGCUGGCCAUGCCCACUGUUUGCCUCCUGCUGCUGCUCUUCCUCACCAUGGAGGAAGGUCUGGGUAGCAGCAGGCCCUUCCGUGCCUUUGUGGUGACAGACACCACACUCACCCACCUGGCUGUUCACCGAGUGACUGGGGAGGUUUUUGUGGGUGCAGUGAACCGGGUCUUCAAGCUGGCCCCCAACCUGACUGAAUUGCGGGCCCACGUCACUGGGCCUGUUGAGGACAAUGCUCGCUGCUACCCACCCCCCAGCAUGCGAGUGUGUGCCCACCGCCUGGUGCCCGUGGACAACGUGAAUAAGUUGCUGCUCAUAGACUAUGCAGCCCGUCGCCUAGUGGCCUGUGGCAGCAUCUGGCAGGGCAUCUGCCAGUUCCUUCGCCUGGAUGACCUCUUCAAGCUGGGUGAGCCUCAUCACCGCAAAGAGCACUACCUGUCAGGGGCCCAGGAACCUGACUCCAUGGCUGGUGUCAUUGUGGAGCAGGGCCAGGGGCCUAGCAAGCUAUUUGUAGGCACUGCUGUGGAUGGCAAGUCAGAGUACUUUCCUACCUUGAGCUCCCGCAAGCUCAUUGGCGACGAGGACAGUGCUGAUAUGUUCAGUCUGGUGUACCAGGAUGAGUUUGUCUCCUCUCAGAUCAAGAUCCCCUCAGACACACUGUCCUUGUACCCUGCCUUUGACAUCUACUACAUAUAUGGCUUUGUUAGUGCCUCCUUCGUGUACUUCUUGACACUGCAGCUAGAUACCCAGCAGACUCUGCUGGACACAGCAGGCGAGAAAUUCUUCACGUCCAAGAUUGUGCGCAUGUGUGCAGGGGACUCGGAGUUCUACUCAUAUGUGGAAUUCCCCAUUGGUUGUUCCUGGCGUGGUGUGGAGUACCGUUUGGUGCAGAGUGCCCACCUGGCCAAACCUGGCUUGCUGCUGGCCCAGGCCCUGGGUGUGCCAGCUGACGAGGAUGUCCUCUUCACCAUCUUCUCUCAGGGCCAGAAGAACAGGGCCAGCCCACCUCGGCAGACCAUCCUCUGCCUCUUUACCCUCAGCAACAUCAAUGCCCACAUCAGGCGCCGUAUCCAGUCCUGCUAUCGUGGGGAGGGCACAUUGGCCCUGCCCUGGCUGCUGAACAAGGAGCUGCCCUGCAUCAACACCGUGAGCUCCUUGCCCACCCCACAGUGUUCCCAGGCUGGGCUUGACUUCCUCAGUGUUGCCCCAGAGCCCCUCAGCCUCAGCUGCCCCCUGCCCACAACCCCCUGGUGCGCUCGCUCGCCCCGAGGGGCCGAGGUGGCAGUGCCUUACUGCUUGGUGUCUUCUGCCUCCUCUGAGGAAUCUGGCCCCAUCUCGGGUCCCAGAGCCCCAAAUCUCUCCUCUGGUGUUGCAUGA